CAUUCGAAAAGGCAGAAGUAGCCCAGUUGAAAGCUUAGCACUGUAGUUUCGUGGUUUCUAGGUUGAAAACUCAAAAGCGGUACAGGACUCAAAGCUUGAGUCUUAUAAUGACAGAUGGGAGACCCUGCAAAGUGUGUAACUUCACACGGCAGAAGUCAUGCGGAGUGGUUGUUCCCUCGUUGGAUGAUCUGAAGAAAAAAGGAUGUGAGUUUCUGGGAGUGAGCCCCUCAGACCCAGUCACUGUGGUCCUCGAGGAUGAUGGGACCAUAGUAGAGGAUCAAGCCUACUUUUUGUGUUUGCCUUUUAACACCAAGUUCAUGCUGCUGCAUGACAAAGAAACGUGGGCUCCAGCUCGCAAGAUUGAUGGCGGCACGGCUUGGAUGGUGAGAGAGUCUGUGGUUCUGCAAACUGAUACCGUCGACUCCUUCAUUGUUGAGGCGCCGUGGUGCAAUCUAGCACUGCAGCUGAAGCAAGACCUGACCAGUAUCAUUCUCAUGUCUGAGGGAGACCUACAGUCCUUAGUGGAGGUGCCGUGCUCUAAACUAGCCUCUGCCCUGGGCUUCCAAGAGAAGAAGGCAGAGGAACUUCAGGAGACACUGCAGAGGGUUUUGGAUCGCAGGGAGGAGGAAAGGCAGUCCAAAGAGCUGCUCCAGUUAUACCUCAAAACUGUGGAGAACGAGGACAGACAGCAGGGAGCCACAAGUCCUUCUAGUCAGGACGGUGUUGGAAAUGUGGAUAUGCUGGACGGAUUGGAGGCCGACUCUGCGUCCGAGUUCAUGUCCAGGACACUGAUGGUCCUGAAAGGCAAAACCAGUCCAGAGACCAGACUCUCCACUGAGGAUUUGCAGGCGGUAGUGAGCAGAGGGCUGGAAGCCAUGCAGCAGGUGCUGGGUUGGGAUGCAGACAGGACCGCCGCGCUGCUGCAGGCCUGCGAAGCGGAGCUGUCGACGCGCCUGCAGCAGAUUCAGGCCAUGCAGUCCAUCAGCGGCACGCAGCAGGACGGCAGCAAACACGGGGAGGAGACGGGAACAGUGGCUCUUCCCCGUGGGGGCAGCUAGGUUUGACCGAGCAGAGACUGAUAAGGAUUCACACUAACCUGCCUCGGGGUCAGGAAAAUGGGAUUUGCUCUGUGUUACUGUUUAUGUAGCUACUGCUAAGAAUGUUGAAGAUGUGGAUCUCCGCGUCGUUUUGAGAAUGCUGAGAAAGCAGUGAAGUUGGUGGAUGUCUGGAGAGCGCCUGGGCUGAUUUGCACAAAUGUGUUCAGCUUGAAUGUGUUUAACCACUUUUUGGUUUCAAUAAUGGUGUUAUGUUGGGAUGAUGGCUACAGACAAACAUAUGCUUAUGAAUAUUAACAUGCUAGCUCCCAGUAAUCUUAUAUAUAAAGAUGUAAUGGAGGCAAGUGUGGUUUUGCUGAAAAUUGAUGUCAUCCAGUACUUGGCAGGUAUCGAGAGCUAAAAGUGCCACAAUAAAUAAAUAAAUAAAUACAUAAUUAUUUGUACGUGGAAAUUAAAAAAUAUUGGUAUUGUAUUCAUCAAAUAGUUACCUCAUCAAUACGGAAAUAUUUGUAAUUCUUAAAAUACACAAUUAUAUCCGCUAAUCUUCCUUUUAAAGUUGAAUUCAAAUAUAAUUAUUGUAGUAUUUUUUAUAAUUAUCUCAUAGUCCUGAAUUGCAGCAAAUGGUGAUUUUUUUUUUUUUGAACUUGUGAGCAGAUAACACUGCCAGAUUAACAUCUUGUCUAUGUCCUGUGAUAGAUUUACGUGUACAUCUUCCAUACAAUCCUGACAGUCAUGUGUUGGUCUGAUGGAUGUGUGAUGUAAGCCUGCGUGUGUUGGUCCGUGUGACAUGAACACGCGGUAGGUUCUCUGUUGUGUCCUCUUAUCUCUGGAACACUGAACAGAAUCAAUGUACUUGUUUUUACUUGCGUAAUCUUUUUGCAUUUUUUGUGUGCAAGAUUAGAAUACAGACAAAACGUGCUCCAUUCCCAACUGUCCUAGCAUAAUUAGUGAGUAUUGUGUCUUUGCAAAACCAGUUGAGCUUCGGUGAGAAGCCUUUUCAUGAAUAGUUUUUAAGCAGAUUGUUCUCCAGGAUCCAUCAAGGUGUAACAUCUGUGUAAUAUGAUGUAAAGGCUACUUUUCACAUGUCUUUUGGUAAAUAAAUGUGUCUAAAGUUUU